AUGCCUGCUUUCUCUCCAGGUAUUUCACUAAUCUUUUCUUUCCCUCACACUGUCUUUCUUUACCUCUCUUCUCAUUUAACGUGCUUUCUUUCUAUCGUUCUCGCUCUCUGUCUAGUUAUUGCUUAUUUCUCUCGCUUUUUCUUCACUUGGUUUCGACUUUAUUCCUUGUGUCUCGUUUUUCUUUUCUGUCUUUUAACAUUUUUCUUCCUCUCUUUCUCUAUUUUAUUACUCUCUUCACCUUUUUCUCUCAUUUGUUCCAUCCCUCUUUCCCACUCUCAUCAUCUUACUCUUUCUUUUCUCUCUCUCUCUCUCUCUCUCUCUCUCUUUCUUUCUUUCUUUCUUUCUUUCCCUUCAGCUAUUUUAAUCCAUUUUUUUUAUCUUUCUUUCUCCUUAUAUCUUUCCCUGGCCUUCUUUUUUAAAAAUCUGUUUCCCUCUCUUUUUCUCUCUUUCUCACGCUCUCUCUUCCUCGCCAUCAUUUCUCUCUUUUUCUUAUUUAACUUUUCUUUCUGUCUCUGUCUGUCUGUCUCUCUCUCUCUCUCUCUCUAUCUAUCUAUCUAUCUAUCUAUCUAUCUAUUGGGCCAAUCUUUUUUCCUUUCCCGCCAUAUAUUUCACUCCUUCGCUCCCUUUUAA